UUAAUUUUAAACUGGCAACAAUUGUAUUGACAUCACAGCUGUUCGCUUUGCCUGGUUGUGGUCUGUCUUGCUGAUUGCUGAAUACAAUUUUAUUGUAAUAAUCAGAAAGUACAAUCGUAUGAAGACGAAGCUAUUAAUAAUUUGUUAACAUUGCAUCAAUAAUAUGCCUCUUUUUGGUAAAUCUCAAAAAAGCCCCGCGGAGCUAGUUAGAUCACUCAAAGAUGCUGUUACCGCUUUAGAGAGGGGUGACAAGAAAGCUGAAAAGGCCCAGGAAGAUGUUAGUAAAAAUUUGGUGUUGAUAAAGAAUAUGCUAUAUGGCACAUCUGACGCUGAACCUCAAACUGACAUUAUUGUGGCCCAACUAGCCCAGGAGUUAUACAACACAAAUUUGCUUCUUCUUCUUAUUCAAAAUUUAAACCGUAUCGACUUUGAAGGGAAGAAAGAUGUGGCACAAGUCUUUAAUAAUGUUUUGAGACGUCAAAUUGGAACUCGGUCACCAACUGUGGAAUAUAUUUGUACGAAACCUGAAAUUUUAUUCACAUUGAUGUCUGGAUACGAACAUCAGGAAAUAGCAUCCAACUGUGGAACAAUGUUAAGAGAGUGUGCUAGAUAUGAGGCUUUAGCUAAGAUAAUGUUAUAUUCAGAUGAUUUUUAUAAUUUCUUUCGUUAUGUAGAGGUUUCUACUUUUGACAUUGCCUCUGAUGCCUUUUCUACAUUUAAGGAAUUGUUAACAAGACAUAAAAUGUUAUGUGCCGAGUUUUUAGAAGCUAACUAUGAUAAAGUUUUCAACCAUUACCAACGUUUAUUAAAUUCUGAAAACUAUGUAACUAGACGGCAAAGCUUGAAACUACUUGGUGAACUACUUUUGGACCGACAUAAUUUCUCCAUUAUGACGCGAUACAUCACAAAUCCUGAUAAUCUGAAGCUCAUGAUGAAUAUGCUGAAAGAGAAGUCGCGGAACAUACAAUUUGAAGCUUUCCAUGUUUUCAAGGUAUUUGUAGCUAACCCCAACAAACCAAAACCUAUACUUGACAUACUCCUAAGGAACCAGGAUAAGCUGGUGGAUUUCCUCACCAAGUUUCAUACAGAUCGCUCAGAAGACGAGCAAUUCAAUGACGAAAAAGCUUACCUUAUAAAACAAAUCAAAGAGUUAAAACCCUUAGAACACUAACAUUUAUUGCAUUUUAUGAGAUCGCCACUUCCUCCUCAAAAAGAAGUUAGUUAUAGAUGCUAUUAUAUUUACGCUUCUAAGUCACCAGAGGGUGUCGUGCGCGCCAAAACACUAGGGCUCCUUAUUAUCAGCUAUUUGAAUUCUUAUGGAUUUACAUUCGGUCUGUGAUGAGUCAGGGAUGGCAGUAUAUUAUGCUAAAAGCGAGAAAACAUUUUUUUAAUACAGAUUUGUAGGAACUAGUGUUAUUUAAAUGGUUUCACUUAUGUCUUUUGUAAGUUGUUAAAACCAUUUUUAGUUUUAUGACGUGUUUAGUGACAGUUCCUAAGUCACAAUUAUUUGAUUAGGAUUUAAUAACUUUAUUAUAUUUGUUUAUCGGCCAUUGUUGAUUAGACUAAACGAGACGAAAAUCACAAAUUCGCUACUUUUAUUUUGUAAAUAUAUCGUAAUUUUUUCAUGGUAACUUCACGUCUUUUACAGGAGUAUAGAUUCAAGAUUGUUAAACAUAAUGGAAGUAUAUUUUAUAUGAUAUCGUCAGUAUUGGUUAUUUAUUACGCAAUAGUAAUAUUGUCCAUUUUACCGCAACAUUGGUAUUUGCAAUAAAACCUAACGAGUAAUGGUUUUACAAAUAUUUUGUAUUGUAAGUAUGUAUAGAUUUUCAAAAUU